AUGUUUGACGACGCCGAGGCCUCACGUACGCAUCUUCCGCGUUCAAACGGGACGCACGCAGCUCCUCGCCGCCCGGCAGGCCCGGCCGUGGGUGCCGUGCCGGCGGCGGAGCGCAGGUGCUCGGGGACUGAAGCGAGCGGCGUAAUUCAAGCUCCGGGGGCGAUCCCGGACUACGAAAGCAAACCGGCCCUCGCUUCUACGGUUACUGCCACUCAAGACCUGCAGGGAUCCUGGGUGGCCAGCAUCGACCUGGCGGAGAACGAGGACGCCAGCGCCAACGUGGUGGUGGGGGCGGCCGAGUCCUUCCCCGAGCAGGCCGAGCAGGUGACAACAGAGGUUGGAAAACUUCUUGGUGAAGAAAAGGUGGAUGCGAUCUUGUGUGUAGCAGGAGGAUGGGCUGGAGGCAGCGCCAAAGCUAAAUCUUUAUAUAAAAACUGUGAUCUGAUGUGGAAGCAGAGCGUUUGGACAUCGACUAUUUCCAGCCACCUAGCCACAAAACAUCUGAAACAAGGAGGCCUCUUGACUUUGACAGGAGCUCAGGCUGCUUUAUCUGGAACCCCAGGGAUGAUUGGCUAUGGCAUGGCCAAAGGAGCAGUGCAUCAGCUUUGUCAGAGUUUAGCUGGUGCCAAUAGUGGCUUGCCAUCUGGUUCUGCUGCUGUUGCCAUUUUACCGGUUACCUUAGAUACACCAGCAAACAGGAAAUCAAUGCCUGACGCAGAUUUCAGCUCCUGGACACCCUUAGAAUUCAUUGCUGAGACCUUUUAUGACUGGAUAACAGGAAAGAAUCGACCAAACUCGGGUAGUCUAAUCCAGGUGAUAACUACAGGAGGGAAGACUGAACUAGUUGCAGCAGCACAUCUUUGAUGUCAGUCGCUUAAGAUGGUGGAACUUCAGCAAAGGCGAAGCUAUGGAAAAUCUGUCUGCCAGUAUAAUUUGGAUGGUCUUCUCUAUCCAGUGAUUGUAGUUAUGUCAUUAAUGGAACCAGAUUUCAAGUAAUACUUAUGUGCUGUCAGUUGUGAACUAUCAGCAUUUGUUUACCAACAAGUAUCAAGUAUUUGUCUCUAAAUGAAAGUUGCAGGCUUUAAAGUCUGUAGAUGUCCUAAUUCUGAGCACUGUAUGUAAACUUACCUGUUUUCUCUGAAAUGGUAAUUGUGCUUUAUAUAUGUGAUUAUAUGACAUAACUGUGGUUUGUUUGUUUCUUUUUUCUCUCUCAAUGUUUCUGGCAACUUAGUGUGAGUCUUUCAGCAGUCUGUCUGUCUUUUUCUGUCUGAGAAUAUAACCUUGCCCCUGCAUAUUAUGUUGGCUGUAAUUAUAGCAAACAUUGCAGUCAUAUAUAAUGUCCUAGUCUUGUACCAUUUUUCUUGUGAAUGUCCCACUGUGUAGAGAUUACUCACUUGAGAAGGAGUUCCUGAUUUGCCUUACAGUUUAUAAUCUGCUAUCAGGCCUACAGUUGUAGGAUAAAACAGUUGUUCUGCCAGAUGAUUAGUAUGUCUUUGUGUUAGUCAUGAUGGUUCUUUACUUUUUUGAAAAAGUGCUGUAAAG